AUGGCCUCUGCCGGCCUCCAAUCCCGCAUAACCUCCCUCUCGACAGCACACAAACAAACCAUCCAACUAAUCCAGCGGCUCCAGAACUUCCCCGCCACAGCAGGAACUGGCGACGAUGCGCGGCUCGAGUUAGGUGCGGAGAUCCACCUCCGCCUAAAAGAGAUGGAGGAGCAGAUGGAGCUGCUGCAUGUUGAGCUUGAGCAGUUGGAAGCUGCAUGGAGUAGUACGAAGAGGUGGGGAAGCGGAGGCGCGAAGGAAGCAAAAAGGGAGAGGAUGGUGGUGGUUAUUGGAAAGUUGGAGGAGGAUUUGAAGAGUGCUCGUUUACAAUUUCGCAAGGCGCAGUUACAGGCGAAACGAAAUGCAGAGGUUGCUAGGCGGAAAGAAAGGGAAUUGUUGUUUGUAGGAGUUGGAGGGGGGGAGGGUGGGGAAGGCGUGCGGCGAAAGGGCCGUCCCGGCUUUACACAUGACGAUCUGGUAGCCAGUGCUUCGGAGGAUGUUACAUCUGCGCUGAGGCGGACUCAUCAACUCAUGCAAGCUGAGCUGUCCCGAAGCCAGUUUGCGCAGGAAACUUUAGAGCAAUCUACCACGGCACUUCGUUCGCUAUCUGAAUCAUACAGCAGCCUCGACAGUCUUCUCGCCUCAUCGCGUUCACUCGUAUCUUCACUUCUUCGUUCGCAGAAGUCGGAUACAUGGUAUCUGGAAACGUCAUUUUAUAUACUCGUUGGAACUAUCAUCUGGCUUGUAUUCCGGCGCAUACUAUACGGUCCGCUCUGGUGGAUUCUCUGGUUGCCUCUGAAACUGACGUUCCGAACAGCCUUCCUGGUUCUGGGUGGUAUUGGAUUGGCAAAUACAUCUCCAUCUUCACACUCCUCGGGCGGUAGCGUUGGGGAAGGCUCCUCAAUGAUAUCGCUGCGUACUUCAGGGGCAACUAUUGCAGUGGCAUCGUCAUCUGUGGCCCAUACAGUUACCCUAAACGGUGCCGUGACAUCAGCUGUGGAUAGCCAGAAGACGGAAACUCCGCAGGCGGAUAAUGAAGAUGUAUUAGAGAAAAUAGAAAAGAUAGUUGGGAAGGAAAGUGAUAAUGUUGAAAGGGGAACGAAUGUGGAUGAUAUAUCCCUUGAAGAGAGGCGGAGGCAGGAAGCAAUGCCCCGGAAUCCAAAGAAGAGGAUGCAUGAGGAGAACAUCCCGGAAGAUCGGAAGAAGGAUGAGUUGUGA